UUCGGCUCUGUAUCAUGUAUAUAUAUAUCGAUGAAGAAAUUUCUUGGAAUAUUUUGUCAUUUUAAACUUGGAAAAAGAUGGUCCGGUCAUUGUGAUUCGAUAAUUAAACGACUAAUUUCUCGGCGAGAUAGAUAGAGGGAGCCCUAGAUUGUCUCCGGUUAUGGCGAAACCGGAGGAGGCAAAGACGACAUCGCCGGCGAAGAAUGCGUCGAUUCCGCCGUACAUGAAGGCGGUGUCGGGCUCGCUCGGAGGAAUCGUUGAGGCGUCGUGUCUGCAGCCGAUCGAUGUCAUCAAGACGCGCCUGCAGCUCGACCGGGGCGGGGCGUACAAGGGAAUCGUGCACUGCGGCUCCACGGUGGCCCGAACGGAGGGCGUUCGGGCGCUCUGGAAGGGCUUGACGCCGUUCGCGACUCACCUCACGCUCAAGUACGCGCUCCGGAUGGGAUCCAACGCCGUUUUCCAGUCCGCGUUCAAGGACUCCGAGACCGGGAAGCUAAGCAACCGCGGCCGUCUUCUCUCCGGGUUUGGCGCAGGCGUCCUCGAGGCUCUCGCCAUUGUCACGCCGUUUGAGGUUGUGAAAAUUAGACUUCAGCAACAAAAAGGAUUAAGCACGGAUCUCCUCAAGUACAAGGGACCCAUACACUGUGCUAGAACCAUCAUUAGAGAGGAAGGAGUGCUCGGACUAUGGGCAGGAGCUGCUCCAACUGUAAUGCGCAACGGCACGAACCAAGCCGCUAUGUUCACAGCCAAGAACGCCUUUGACGUGGUCCUAUGGCACAAACAUGAAGGGGAUGGCAAAGUGCUACAGCCAUGGCAGUCAAUGAUCUCUGGCUUCUUGGCGGGCACUGCCGGUCCAAUCUGCACCGGACCAUUCGACGUGGUCAAGACGAGGCUGAUGGCUCAAAGCCGAGAUGGGGCUGGUGGAUUGAAAUAUAGAGGGAUGGUUCACGCGAUAAGGACCAUUUAUGCAGAGGAAGGGCUAUUGGCAUUGUGGAAAGGGCUCUUGCCGCGGCUCAUGAGGAUUCCACCGGGUCAAGCCAUCAUGUGGGCGGUUGCUGAUCAGGUCAUUGGUCUUUAUGAGAAGAGAUAUCUUCUUGAUUCUCCCAUUUAGGUAUUCUUCUUCUUCUUCUUCUCUCCUCUCAACCCAAAUUUCUUCUUUUUUGUUCUCUGACAUUCCAUUUUUUGCUUGUCCCCAUUUGAAAUUCGGGUUCAAGCUUGGGAAAUUCUUCUUGAGGGGCUUGAAUUUUUUAAAGAUGGAUUGUUUUUCCCGGGAAUAAA